UGUUCUACUCUCUUUCAGAUGAGGAUGAGGAGAACCAGGACACAGUGGAGCAGAUCCUCAAAUGCAUUAUAGAAAAUGAAGCUAACAUGGAAGCCUUCAAUGAGAUGUUUGGAAACCACAAUGUCUGUGUGCGCCAUGACCCCAGGUUGCGUAAGGAGUCCAUUGGUGGUGUUCCUCCCCAUCACCACACAGUCCACUCAGGCACCGACCACAACUCCUGCCACCUUUGUGCGCAGGUCCGAUCUAAAAAGGGUAGACGACAAAGCCGAACCACCCGCUCUAAACAACGACCUGGAGAGCAGACUGUUUUCUCUGUUGGCAGGUUCCGGGUGACUCACACUGAUAAGAAGCUUCAUGGAGAUCCUAUUCCAUUGGUCAGUUCAGGGGACCAGCUGGACCAAUCCCAGGACAGCGAGGAGCGGAAGGAGGGUGGGUACAACCUGAGAAGCAUGUUCAAGGAUGUUCGACCGCCUUCAGAGGGCUCCAAUGGGGUUGCUCCGAAUGUGGGAAAACGCAGGAAGAGUGUAACCAUAUUCGGGUUGAGGCGGUGUAGCGACCCCACUUGCAUGAAAGUAGAAGAGGGAGGUGUUAGACUUGCUAUUCAGCAGCAACAUGUAGUGCUGGAGGAACUGUUGCAAGCAGAGAACAAUGAAAUUGCUUCUGAAUGUGAUACUAAACCUGGUAUCAAACCUGAAACUGAGCCCUCAAAUAAUCAAAUGCCUGCUUUACCUCAAUGGGAGGCUAAAACUUCAGGUUCUGUUAUUUCUCCCUCUUCCCAAAGUGAGGACUGGGCCCAUGGCUCUAAGUCUGGUCCUGAAGAUGGCUCUAAACAUGGGCUCAGUCCUGAACCUCAUACAAACCUUAUGAUCAAACCUUCUGUUGGGACUACAUCAGCUUCUGCCCCCAGCUUGCUUCCUGUUCCAUCUCAUGCUUCGUCUGCACAAAAAUUUACAACAAAGAAACAAAGAGAUGCUGAGGAUAAGGUGUUAAAAAAUGAAGAGGCAUAUGAUCCUGGGCCACUACAGACCUCUACACCAAUUGCCCCUACGACUGGAUCAAUUCCAGGUUUCACUCCUGUCAUUCCUACUGGUCAACCUGAACCCUGUUCUAGCAAAGGUUUUCAUGUUACCCAAAUUCCCCCUGACCCAAGCUCCAGCCCAGAUCUGAAAUCAGGUUUUGGUGCUACGCAAGCUUUAAUAAGCUUCGGUUCAUCCCCUUCAUCUUUGUACCCAAUCAAGACCCCAUCUUCAGACUCAUUAAAAACUCCUAUCUCACCCGGGGUGUUCACGCCAAACCCAAAAUUAACCUUAAGAAAUAUACCAUCAGAGGCUGCAAAAACUUCUGCUUUCCCCCCCGCCCUCACUCCCAGCUUCAAACUCCCAUCAGGAGCAUCUUUAUCUUUUGGAAAAAGUACUAGUCCAUUACAAGCCCAAACUCCCUCACCUGCUCUUACUGCUAGACCCAAACUUAAAACCAUGCCAGUAUCACCACAAACCCCCUCUUCUUCUUCAGCUGACCAAAACCCGUGCUUCGGAAGUUCAGCUCAUCCAAUUUCAAAGUCAGGAAGUGUGACGUCUGUAACAUCUUUUACCAAAGGGGAUAUGAUUUUAAGCCCAUUAUCUCUAGAGGAACAAGAGCUGGAAGGAGCCAUAAUCCAGACAACAGACGAAAAGACAGAAAUACUGAGGGUAGGGAUUCUCAAAAAAGCUAAACUUUUACCAGUCGAGGGAAAUUCUAAAGCUUCUGGCCUUUACUCUCCACCUGAUCAGCUUUCUAAAAACAGACUGAGCAGUUUGCCUCCAUCACCGUCCAGGCCACUGUCCCCCUCCUCACCUAUAGAAAGCAGAAUGAGUAGUGUGACUAUCGUCAAAGCCAGCCCUGACAGUAAGAGAGAGUUUUCUGUUUUCACUUUGGUGGAGGAGAAAGAAACCUCUACUACAAUACAAGACCAGAAAGUAGAGACUUCUGAAUUUAGGAUUGAAUCAGAAAAAGCAAGAAUUAGUCCAGCGGUUGGUCAGGGAAGAGAUAUUUAUGUCUCAGGUGUUAGACAACCUGAAAGUCAGACACCUGAGACUCCUGGAGCAGAGGUUAGGCCAAGGGUGAGCCAAGAGAAGGAUGAUAUGGUGGAGAUGGAAGAUAUUAGGGACUGCAAAGUGACGCAGGUGGAAGAAGCAGAGAGGGUGGAGGAAGAGUUGGAGAAGAUGGUAAACAUUUAGUCAAAACAGGACUGAUAGAAGGAGUCUCAUAUUGAGGUGGUCAAUAUUUACGCUCUGAGAAUCCAAAGAAAGAAGUGAAGCGUGGCACCAUAGAAAUAAAAUGUAGUAAUAAGUUAAAAAUAAAAUCAAGUAAUUAUGAAUACGCCUUUUACCAUGUAACCACAGCACUGAAUAUGUUGCAGUGAGACUGGACUGGCUGCUUAACUGACUAGCCGGUUGACAGAUACUCUUCCACUGCUAGAUUUAAAAGAUGAUACGAUGUUGGUUUAGCCGUUACACCACAUUUUGGGUAACACUUUAUUUAAAUGGGUAUGCAUUAGACUGACAUGACACCAGUCAUGAACAUGAAGCAGUGUUUAUGACUGUUGUCAUUAACUGUCAUUCGGUCAAUUGUCAUUUUUAAUGCAACGUCGACAUUGUUUGAGAUGUCUUUGUUAUGACAACUUGACAUUAACAAGACACCAUAACCUGUCAAAAACAUGUCAUAGCAGGCUUAAUUAUCAAACUAUUUAGCUUGUAUGUGGUUGCUUUUGACAUUGGCUGUCAUGAGAUUAUUUUAAAUGUGUCACAAAUAUUUAGCUUGACCUCAACUGAAGUGGUACAGUUUGGACUAAAUUUCAUUAAGUUUGAUAACACUGUAAAAUAAUUUUAUAAUUGUGUAAUAAUGAGUAAAUCCCUUGACCUCUACAGUGGAACCAUUUGGACUUUUAAUUAAGAUGUCAUUAAAUGUUAUAAGGCUAGUUUGACGACAAGAACUACAGUCCCAAGGUGUUUUACAGAGUGAUGGACAGAUAGCUUUACUUUUUGUUAAAGUAAAUGCUAACUGCUGCUAACUGUAGCUGCCAUUAAGUAAGCUCGGUAAGCCACGCAGCUUGCGGUCCUAUUGGCUGAAUCAGCUACGGGGUUCCAGAUGCCAAUCCUGGCAAGAAAACCACCUUGGUGUUGUACUCCCUGUGGACAAACUGGCCUCGGAGGCUGUGUUUGGUUCCUGUCCACCAAAAUUAAUUCAGAAGAGAACAUGAUCGACCAAUUCAUAAUUUGUAGUGAAGAAGGUCAAACUUGUAGUCGCUGGUAUAGUCCUUCAAUUAAUGUCUGAUUUCCAGUGCAUUGCAGGAGUUACAUGUUAUGAUAAAAACAUAUCUCUAUUAUAUACAUCCAUCUUCCUUCAGUUCGCCUUGUUCUUAGUUGGUGCUUUCCUACAUUUUCAAAAAAGUGAAAAUAUGUGACAGGCUGACUUGGCUGGUCGAUGGAUUAGUUAACGUUUAGGUUUUUAAUUGACUUGCUAAUGGACUGAUUACAAUUGAGUCUUUAACCAGAGUGGUGUGAUUAAUUUCUUGAUUUGGUCACCAUCAUGGUUUUUCAUUGAUAUAAAGGUAAUAAGAGCUGGCAACCUCUAAUCGCCUAUAUUGAUCCUGCAUAUUGUAAAUUCAAAUGAACAGCACAAGAACAGGGGAGCAACAGUUGCCCAAUAAGCAGCUUGGCCAAUGAAUAUGUAUCAGUUUAGUGAAUUUGCAUCAACUUCAUGUAAUUAUUUUUGACCCUAUGCUAUACUCUUGUGGCUUUUGCAAAUACAGUCUGUUUGCCAGGUGUCUGUUUAUUCCAAAUUCCCCCCCUUUUCUCCAAAUUUGGAAUGGCCAUUUCUACCAUUACGGGGUCUCACAAUGCCCCCCACAGAUCCACCCUCCCCUGCACAGGUUCCCUGUUUGUGCUAGUGAAGAAAAAAUUACUUGAUCCUUCACUGGCUCCCCCCCCCAUACAAACACUAGCAGUUAUUUUGAACAUGGGUCGUACAUUGUGGUGCUCCACAGGACACCCUGUCAGCAGUCAUUAAUGUAACCAUUUAGAGUAGUCACACCAGUAAUACUAGUAUAGUAGUAGUAAGUUCUUAUACUAUUGUAAUAGUAAAUAUACUACAUUUCCUUUAUACCAGUCACUCAAAUCACAAAUCACUAGUUUUAUGGAAUUGUGAAAUUAAUACAUAUCCAGUAAAAGAUCGGAUUUGUUUCAAGUAUUUUCAUUCACUCAUCGCUCAUGGACUUUUGUAAUGUGUUUAACAUAAAUUGAACCAGGAAAACAGGCAUGACAGUGGGACCACCUUAUAUGAAAUAAGCUCUCGGAAUAUAGAGACAUGAAACUUUCACAAAAUAAACUCUGCAGUCCUUAAAGCUGUGAAACAUAAAAAUAAUGUAUAUUAAAGUAUGUUUUGUGUUUUCAAGUUUCAUUUUAACAUCGGAGCAGCCUUGUUGUAAAUUUAAAUUUCCUUUUAAGUUUAACAAAACAAAUUGCCAUGAAAAACAGCCUUCAAAAUACUUAGCUUUUUCAGUAUUUUGGUAAUUAAGUAUAAAACAAAGAAACAACUAUUAAAGCAAUAAUCUGAAUCAACCCACAUUCAGUUCAUUAUUGUAUCUGUUUGUCUGGAAUACAUAUAAAAAAGAACUAGGUGCUAGUUAAAGUGAGAAAAAAAAAGCUAAAUCAAUUUGAACAAAACAACACAAAAACAAGGAAUAAAAGAAAAAUAAAUGAAUGACUUUGAGGAUUACCAUGUGUGUAUGUACUUUUGAAGAAGGACAGACAUGCAAUAAAGGUUUAAAAGUCAUGUUGCUUUAAGAUUAGGUCAGGAACUACAGGGCCAUUGUAAGGACAAUUGACUCAAGAAAAAGGUAAAAAAAUUCUAAAACGUUUUGUUCCUGAAGAAACUCUUUUGUUUUGUAACACUAUGGGCCCUAUAUAAAUUAUCUAUAGCAUGACGCUAGUGCAUUUUGGGUGUGUCCAACUCCAUUUUUUGCUAGUUAAACGGUGCAUAAUGUGGAAGCAAAGACAGGUUGGGGAUGGUGGAUAGUUUAUUCAGCCCAGUUGACAGUGCACUGAGCCUCUGGCUCUUGAGCCCUUUGAGCCUCCUAUGGCCCUGGAUCCUCUGGCUCUUGAGCCUCUGGAUCUUCUAUCUACAGAGACUGGUUAGAACAGAAGGAGCUUAUCAGACACAGUUCAAAGGUGUAAUUUCCUGGCCUUUACAGGAAAUAAUACCAGGAGGCCUGCAGUCUGCUGACCCAGUUUUCUUCUCACUGCAUGUCUUUCUUCAGCCCCCAAAUCCAAUUUUCCGCUGGAAAUACAGUACAUUAUUUUUAUCCAGUACUCUGCAGUACAUUUAGAUGCUUUAUGAUCUGUUCAUGUUUGUGAGUGUGAUCAUGAAAGAUUGUGUGUCACCCUCUGCUGGUCAUCAACACUUCCACACGUCCACUUCCACACGUCCAUCACCCACCGUCAUCGUAAAGAUGCUCCUAAACUGCUGUGUCAUCAUCAACAUAUUUAUUCUAUUACAACAAGCUGUUGUGUUACUCCCCAACACACCAUGUGCUCAAUUGUUAACAUGUAGGAAAAUCAUUUACAAGAUCAUAAUUUUGAGAAUAACUAAAACUGAAUCUUUUUUUUUUUUUUACUUAUGCACUAUUAACAAUUGGCUAAAUGCAUAUUCUAGGGACACUACAUUGCAAAUAUGGAAUAAUGUAUGUAAAAAGCCAUAUUAUUCAACACAGACCAAUGUGAAGCUCUGUGUCUCGAUUUGCUUCCUUCCAAUAAACUGAAAAUUCCUUUGGAGACAGACACCGUUGAGGUCAAAGGUCGGUCGUGCCAGUUGCCAAAGUGUCACCAAAAACAUGGAGCACCAAGAUCAAGUUGUAUGUUGUAGGUUGUAUGUGUAAAACCAAACAGGUGACUGCACUGCAAAACACCAUAUAGUAUGUGUAGAAGACUACAAGAGUCAAGAUACAUUUGUUUGGUUUAAGUUGAUUAACCCCAACUGACAUGCAUUGGAAAGCAUAUGCUAAAAAGAUUAUCUUAAAAGUUAUUUUAAGAAAUAAGAUUUGAAGAUAUGAUUCUAAACUGAUAUUUCUAAAAGUCUACUUUAAUUUAAAGUACAAUCAACAAACAAUUAAGCCUUUGGUUAACAAAAUCUUAUAGCAGCGUAUUUAGUCGUUGCCUGGUAAUUCUAGUGUAAAACAUUUGCCAGCAAACAUUUUUAGCAAUAAACUGUGUAAUGAGGGCCCAGUCACCAGGAGUUAUUGUUACUACCGGUAACUAAAUAUCUUUGGAACUAAUUCAGAGGCCAAUUUAGUUACAAAGCAGAGGCUUUUAUUUAGUUAAUGAUACACUGUGGAAUUCACAUUGCAGAUGUUUUGGUGUACCUGGAAAUAAAAUUGAAGGGUAGAAGCUGAAUGUUAUUGACAGUAUUGUGUGUAUACCUACAUGUGUGUCUAUAAAGUGUCACACCAGCAACAGUCUAAAGAAAAGCUUCCUCUGUUAAUAUCCAUACAUUUACAGUUUACAAUUCAGUUUAUUGUAUCUUCAUUUAUACUGCAAAUACACAGGUUUUUUUUGUUACAUACAUGUUGGUCAGCUUGCAAUUUACCGUAUGUACCAUGUUGCUGCCCUAGGAUUUGUUUUAAUUAUAAAUGCAAUAAAAUAAUUGUGAGAUGUCAAGCAUUACACAGAUCAGCACCACUGAACAUCGGAAAGCCUCCAAACAUUAUUCUCCAUAGUCACUUUAAAUCCUCAGAUUUGAUCAAACUGCUUGAUAAAAUCAAGUCGUUGUUUUUCCUUUCCUUUUAGAGAUGUAUUAUGUAGGUAUCCUCUCUAGCAGGCCCUGGAACAUAUGUAUAAUGUACUACGCAUGUUGGUGAUGUAAAACACUUGUAAAUAUUCAGAUGUAUCAUCAUUUAAUAAUAAUUAUAAACUAAAUAAAUGAACUAUGCUUUUUAAA